AUUAUUGUGUAGUCCCACAUAUGCACUUGCGAAACGUAGGUGCAGGUUCAUUUUUCUGUCACUUUGGUAAAAAAAACUUCAAGGUCCAGAUUAUUCCAAAUUUGCCUGGAGCUUGAACAUGGAUGAAGAUCAUGAUCAAGCACUUAGUAAUGUUCCCUUCCGUAUUGGAAGAGCUGGAAGUGGGAAUUAUGACGACGAUGGGGAAAAUGAAAGUUCAGAAGAUGAGCUUGACAUCAUCCUGCAUGGGACUCCAGAACAGAAACGUCGUUUGACGAGGAGUUUGAGCCGAGGCAGUCUUCAGAUGUCCUCCAGUGAUGAUGAUUUUGAGAAGGAGAUGGAGAUGGAGCUGGAUGCCAACAUGAUUUUACAUGAGAAACAAUUCAGGACAGAUGUGGAGAAAAAACUGACUGCUGCAACCAGAGCACAACAGACCCAGUCAUCAGCUGCAUCAGGGGGGCUUCCAGGAUCGUCAUCCGAGCAGCAGUGCUAUGAUGAAGUCUACUUUGACUCCGACGAUGAUGAGGACAAAAAGGAAACCCCGGUGGAGGGUGCGAGAGCAGGUGAUGGUGGUGAUCAAGACAAGGAGCAAGCAAAAAAGCAACACCGCAUUCCAACCAACAAGGAUCUUCUGUAUGACCCAAACAUCGAUGAAGACAACCAGAAUUGGAUGAACAAACAGAGAGCAAAGUACUACCCCAACAGGGCGCCAAAGCGAUCACAUGACCAGACCUCCUCUGAAAGUCCCUCUGGAGCUGGCAAUCCCGCCCAGCCAUCGCAGACACCAAAACCCGAUAAGGUCACGGGCGCAACGUGUCCACCGUCUAUUCCAAAGACAGACGCCAUCUUGAACUGUCCAGCUUGUAUGACGACACUUUGCAUCGACUGUCAGAGGCAUGAGCUCUACACCAACCAGUACCGCGCCAUGUUCGUCAUGAACUGCUGCAUCAUCAGGAGCGAACAGCUGAGGUAUCCUGAAUCCAAGAAUAAGAAGAAGAAAUGGAGGAAGAAGAAGCGGAGGCACGAGGAAACAAUGGAGGGAGGGGAGGCGGAUGAGGAGGAGGGGAGUGGAGCCGCGGGUGAUGAACUGUUCAAUCCUGUCAAGUGUUCCAUUUGCAACACUGAAGUGGGCGUCUUGGACAAACAGGAGAUCUUUCACUUUUUCAAUGUAUUGUCAAGUGCUGCUUGAAUACUUGCACUUUGACUCAACAGACUCCACAUGUGAAUAUCUGUUGUUACCCUGCACUGGGGCUUCAGUUUUCUCAGAUGUAUAUUCUGACAUAUAUAUAUGGAGGAAUUGUACUGAAUAUCGAAAUGAAACUUGUAAUUAUUUUUCUAUAUCAGAUGAGAGCUACAAUAAAAUAGACAUUUCUUAUACACAAAGUAAGAAUUUUGACCAUCAAGAAAUCUAUCAAGAAUUGCUAAUGUCCAAUAUUUUGUCGUACAAAAUCUGUUAAAUUUUGAAAGCAAUAAUGUAACUACUCAUGCUAUACCUGCUACUGUUAUUUGUAUUGAUAAUCACCUCUACUUUUGCUAAAUCUCUUGUACAUUUUCUCCUCAAAAUUUAUUUUGGGUGGUAUUACGAGUUUGUAAUAGGGCUACGUUAUUGGAAGUAAAGAGAUGGUGCGGAUAUUUAAAAAAUUAAUUAUUGGCAUAAAAUACUACCCCCCAUCACAAUGAAUUGUUUAUACUGUAUUCUCAAAUAUUCUUUUUUAAGGGUGUAGACAUCACUUUGAUAGGACAGAGCCAAAUUUGUUACAAAUAAAAGUUUCGUCAGGCCGACACACCCGAGUGUGCACAUAGAAUUUGUAGCUACUAAUUGGUAUUAUGACUGUUUGAAUGUUGUGCAAUACCUUUAAGAAGUGAUUGUUUAUUUUCAGGAUCAAUGUGCAUCAGACUUUAAUGGAGAAUAUAUUUUAUUCUGGUAGUGUUAAUUUCUUUUACAUCUAAUAAAGUUUAUCAAAAUUGAAAGUUUGCAGCCAAAGUCCAGCCCGUUUCAGAUCAUGUAUUAAAGCAGGUUAUCAAGGCUAAAAAUUGAUUUAUUUAGACCAACAGCAGAUAAAACACCUACAGGGAGAAAUGUGUAGUUGUAUGCUCAAAUGUCAUUCACAGGACUAGAUGAAAUUAAACCUCAGAGGAAGCAUGUUUAUGAUA